CCCCUCGGGCGGCGGCGCCACCCAGCGCGCCUGCGCGGCCAUGGCGGCGGCCUGCGCCGAAAUGGAGCCGCCGGCGGCGCCCCCUCCCUCUCCUCCUCCCGCCGCCGCCGCCGCUGCCGCCGCCGCCGCGGCGGGUUCGGCCGAGCUGGUGUGCGCGCAGGGCCGGAACCUGAAGGCGGUGCUGUGCCAGCGCUGCGGGUCCCGGGUGCUGCUGCCCGGCGCCGCCACCUUCGCCCGCCGUGAGCUCCUCCUGCCCGCCAUGAGGAAGAAGGCGGCGGCGGCGGCGGGCGGCGGCGGGGACCUGCUGCGGGAGCACUGGCUGGUGCGCGACAUGUUCUCCUUCGAGAACGUGGGCUUCACCCGCGACGUGGGCAAUGUCAAGUUCCUGGUGUGCGCCGACUGCGAGGCGGGGCCCAUCGGCUGGCACUGCCUCGACGACAAGGACAGCUUCUACGUGGCGCUGGAGCGCGUGGCCCACGAGUGACACCGGCGCUGCCGCCGGGGACGGGGGCCAUGGCCCUGGGCACCUGCCUGGGGAGCCGGGCUCAGCCGCCGGGCACCCCCGCCUGCCCUGCCGCCGGGCUGCCCCGCGGCCUGACAGCGACAGACUGAGCCAAGGCCCAGCGGAGUGACGGCGGCUCGGCCACCCCACAGCCUCGCCGGUUGGCAGCCCGCAGCCCGGCUGCCCCGCACCUGACUGACCACGGCCUGCCCACCCCACGGCUUGACUGACCUACAGCCCCGCUGGUCGCCCCACAGCCUGGAUCCACUGACUGAGCAGCACCAAGAAGCGCAGCGCUGGCACAGCCAGCUCCUCACCUGAGCCCACGUGGGAAGGAUGUCGUUGGUGGGAGGGUUCCCUGUGACCUGCAGGGACAGCUCACCGUGACAAUUUUGCCAAAUAGCUUGAUCUGCCACUGUCUGGCUGCUCUCUGUCACUUCUUCUGUCUGUGGCAGCUGUUUUUCAAACAUGCUGAGACGUCUUUCAGGCUGAUCAGUUUGUGACACAGCCAUGUAACUGUGGGUGCUGGCACAAGGGCAAGGGGAGGACAGGACUGCUGCACUGAAUCAUCGUGGCAGCUUAAAUUGUCUGAACUACAGCCAAAGCAGUUACAGGGUUUAAGGCUGUAUCUUCUGUUGAUUUUCAGAGGACACAUUCCCUGCCCCAAACCCUAACAUUUAGGUUCUCUAAAACCUCAUCCUACCUGACAACUGUACCCCGUUAAGAGCAUAUGGCACCCAAGGUGCGUGUAAGGCAUUUUAGCUAACAUUGUAUGCAGUUUUAUUAACUGAGUACUUGGAAAUAAAAUAAGAUACAGGUAGAGUCUGCAGACAGCAUAGGCUGAUAGAGUGGCAAAUAAAGAAAAUGUGCAAGAUCACAGUAUUUCCAGGCAGCAAGAAUGAAGAGUCCAACCAGAAAAGGAUUUGAAUCAUUGGACAAGCAGUGUCCAGUGACUGCCUGUCUCAGUGCUGAAGAAUGUCAAAACAGCUGUGUGUGUAUUAAACAGAGAAGUUGGGAAGGAAUUUCUCAUCUGUAAAAGCAGCUGGUAGGAGCACUGCUGGGAUAUUGUGUCCAGUUUUGGUCUCUGCCUUUUAAAAGAUGGGCACAAAGAUGAUUGAAAAGUGAAGGAGGCUGCAGCAGCCAUGGUUCUCACUGUAUUUAUCUUUUGGUAAUUGCGGUCCAGUUUGCAUUCUCCAUUUGCAAACCGUUGUAUGAAUAAUACAGCAGCUUUACAGUGAUCAUCUUGGGUCACAGAGGACAUGCCUUACUGCAGGAGGUGUAUCAGUAUACUAUGCUAAUAAACACUUUUGGUACCAAUGCAGCUGUAAAGGCAGAACUGUCAUUGCACUGGGAUGAAGAAGUUGUAUUUGCCACCAAAAUCAAGAUUAGUUGUAUUUAAAGAUUAGCAAUGUUGCUGCCACAAGGCUGUCGUUCCUCAGCUAAAACAUUUUUGCUGGCAGGAGUCUGUAAGGCAGGCACAGCCGCAAGUAGAUUUUCCAGAAAGGCAUCCUGACAGCUGGUGAGGGAGAAACAAGUCCUUUCUUCUUCCAGUGCUUGAGCACCUGCACUUUUAAGAUUUGGAGACUCUCCCUUAACGUAGAACAUGGGGCUGCUCUAUAAGAAACGUCUGCUGUGGGCAGUCAAGAUCUAUUAAUGGGAGAGGGAGAGGCGUAACUCUGGUGAUUAAGGCUCUCACUUGGGUAGGAACUGAGUCUUGUGCUGUGUCCUUGCUAAAUGUUUCAGGUGCACACUUGACAUGAAAACUGUGCUUCUUUCCUCCUGCCCUUCAUGUCUUUUAGCCCUAAGACCAGUAACUGAACAGGUUCAUCAAGGGAGUGUACCUAGCAGCACAGGAGAGCUUCAUUUGGGUUCUGCACAGGCACAGUGAAAUAGUGGGAUCAUGUCACUUUAAUUUCACGCUUUCACUUAGAUUGCUGUCUAUUAGGGAAUGUGUUUUGACCUGUAAUACCUAGAUUAUAGUCCAUGUUACUAAAAUAUGUGCUGCGCAAUAGUUUCAUUUUGAAGACACCACUGUGCAGAACAGGCUUGUGGAUAUUAGCUUGAUUAAUGCUGAGUAAAUGACACUUCUCAAAAAUUGGUACAUGUGGAUUCUUGAUAUUGGGGAGUAGUUGGUGGGUGGCACUGGGGCGGAGCUGAGGUGGUGGUGGCAGCUUUUCCCAGUCAGUAGAACGCUUCCUGGAGAGAUGUGAGACCUCGGGUCAAAGGCCUUCUUCACAUCAGUACGGCAGCGAUUUGAAUGCCGUGCAGUGUUGCUCAUGGUGGUGAAUAAUGAAAGCUCCUCCUGCUCUUCAGUGUGAGAGGAGAGAUAUGCUGAAUGGAUAUAUCCUCCACGGGAUCCAGGUUUGGUUCCUGCUCACUCUUAAAUGUAAAGUAGGAUCACACAGACUGUGGAAGUGCCAGGAAGAAAUGUACAGUCUGUUGGGAAUUCACGGGCGGAAACUUUUGUACCAUGAGAUCUUGGGAUCUUUCAGCCUCAGGUAGGAUCUUGGCUUCCUGCAGCUUGGAGAAGCCAUGAGAGACACCCUUGAAGUCCCAAGUAGCACAGACAGGGACCUGGUGCUGGUGAAGGGGCAGCCAUGCAGUAGAGUUCUGCAGUUUGACUGCUGGUGCUCAGGAGCCCAUCACCUGGGCUAACUCAUAUCCCGAGAGGUGAUGUGAGAAUUAAGAGGGGGGAAACAAAAUUGGUGAAGAGGGAAAAUGGCAUCAGUCCCUGGAAUAUGAGCCCAGGCAGUUCCACUGUGAUGUUAAUCGAGCAUUGGAGAGAGAAUGUCUGCAGUCAGCAAACCUCGUCUUAAGGGGAAGGUCUCCUGUGUUUAUGCAACAGACAGCAACAUCAGAUUUGGGAGCAUCUAAUGAAGUAUUGAACAGUUUUUGUGUUAAUGAGAGCAAAUAAAAAUUCGGAUAGUCUCACAAAUAAA